GCAACGCCUUUGAAUUUGUUAUAAAGGUAUAGAAUGCAGUAAAAGAGUGCUGAAAGGGCCAUGCCAAGGGUUAGUAGCACAUAAACACGCGUGGCGUUAUUCUACUUAGAGUCCCAAGACAAUCAGACAAUAGGGCAUUAUAUGCUCAAAAGGAUAGCUAAACAAACAACUAAACAUGCGCGACUUGGAAGCCUUUAGAGAUAACACGAAUUAUAUAAAAAGCUUUUCAAAUCGCAAUCAUCUUGUAUUUCUUCGCUUCCUAGCCAUCCCCAGCAUGAUCUAGAGCUAUACCGCUUACAAUUACCCUUCAUAGCCAACACAAACGCCGUAUCUCUACGGGUAGGUCUAAGGUGUAAUCCUUCACGUGCUACGAUCAGACAAGAUGCCGACCUUCAUAACGCAUGAGAUGUAUACCUGCUCACAUAUCGUAGAGACGAUCCAUCGAGGUUUCGGCAUCGAUAGCAGCUUCAGGCUAGAAUGGAUCCCGGUCCAGUCAAGUUGCCCAUUGUGUUUCUGCAAGCUGCUCCUCGACAACUCUUACGAGCUCGAAUUGGACGACGACGACGAUGAAGAUCGCCGCCGGAUUCUGAAGAAUUUGCUGCAGCCGUACAAGCAACAGCUCGCUAAGCACCUGCAGGUGUUGGUGGAGAACAAGCGGUGUGCAAUGUCCGGAAUCCGCGGCAGGUAUUCGGGUUUAAAGCAGAUACGAAUGUUGGAGAAGUUGAGCCGUAUGGUCUUGACGCCUGCAAGCCUAGGUGAGUUCCAGGCUACGCUUCAAGCUCUUAUUAACUUCCAAGAGGGUGAGCCUCGCUACCCUACGCACGUCCAGGUUCUAGGAAACGCCAUGACUAUAAGAAUUUUAUAGUCGUGGGCAAGGCCCUUUAUAGUUGGGAAGAGGGAAGCUAGGUCAAAUACAAUAUGACUCGUCGUUAUUAGUCUUAUAACCUACCUAUACAAUACCUAUCAUGC